CCGGAUCAUUGACGUCAGGAGGCUGCUGAAAAGCCAUCUUUGUUACGAGCCGAGGGACGGAGCAGCCGCGAGAACCCUGUUGAAUAUCCAGAAACUCGAGCGUGAGUCCGAAAGAAGCAGGGAAUUUUUUUUAAAAAAUGUCAGUCCCAUCCCAGGCUGCUGCUGUUCCUGCUACAGGAGGGCCAGGAAAUCCUGGAGAUGGAGGACCAGCACAACCAGUCAAUACCACCAGCAACAGAAGGCUGCAGCAAACACAGGCUCAAGUUGAUGAGGUGGUGGACAUCAUGCGAGUGAACGUGGACAAAGUCCUUGAGCGAGAUCAGAAGCUAUCAGAGCUCGAUGAUCGUGCAGAUGCUCUCCAAGCUGGGGCAUCACAAUUUGAAACAAGUGCUGCUAAGCUGAAGAGGAAGUAUUGGUGGAAAAACUGCAAGAUGAUGAUUAUACUUGGAGCAAUUUGUGCAUUCAUUAUCAUCGUUAUCAUAAUUUAUUUCUGCACCUGAGGAGAAAGGUCCGACUGAAGAUGCAGCUCAGCUUUGUUCUCGUCAGCCAUAUCUUCUCCAGUGUCAGAUAUUAUUAUUUAUUAAUCUCUGCUUAUAACCAUGGUUGUUUUUAUUUUGUCUUUAAGCUACCCGAAUUAUUCAAAAGGGUACAUUGAUCGAUAUCUAAAUCUGAAUAACAAUUUAACCAGCUAUUUACUGCCGAAUAGUUAUGUAUGUAGCUUCAUGUCUUAAACAUUCCUAGAUGAAACUAGCACAAUAUAGUUUGGCCUUCAAUAGUUGGAUCAUGUUUCUGAAUAUAUCUCUGACCUUUUUCUGAGUUGUCCGGUCAUUUGGAGGUAACUGUCUGAAAUGCCUGAAGCCUUAAAAACCACCAAAACAAAAUCCCAGACUUAAAUUGUACAAUAUAAAAUCACGAGAAGUUUGUAAUAUCUUUGGAUCUGAAGAUAACAUUUCUAGAUUUAAAAUGACUCCAUUGUUACAUUGCAGGUUUUACACACUGAUACAAAAUCAAAAAUUAAGGCUCAGUGUUAGCACUAUGAGCCUAACAACAUCUGAGUGAUAAUGUUAAGCAGACUAUUCCAUGUUUGGAGCAGUCUCAUAUAUCAGAUAAAAUAAGUCACUGAAACUUUAAAUGAUAAAAGUAUAACAAGGUCAACUUUAGGCUAAGUAAGGGUAAUUGCAUGACCAUAACCUUCAGCACGCAACAAACGGAUUUUUUUUUUGUUUAGGAUAUGUGAACAUUUUGUGGGUUUAGGGAUUACAUCAAACAGUAACUGGUUUCUCAGUAGAAAUCUAUCCCAAAUUGUCUGUAGUCAGUACACCAUGUGGAAUGUAUCAAACUUCUAACAAGGCACACCCAGUUCCAAAAAUCCUUUUGGAGAAAGGAGAAAAUAAUGAUCCAAAUUGUACAUUCCAGAAGUUUGACUACAAAUGCUGCCUUCACAAUCGGAGCAGAGACAUCCUUGAAUUUUUGUGACAACAAUCACAACCAAUUUAUUUUCAGUCUAUUAUCACUUCGAAGCUGCCCAAAUCCAAAAUUCAAACUCUCAUUUAAGACUGAAAUCACAUAAAUUGGGCACAGGGAAUAUUUAAGGUGCAGUAAUUUCUUCUAAUCGUUUGUAUUCCUUUUUAUCCCCAGUACAACAUUCUGACGGAUUAAGGUCAGCUGCUUUUUCCACCCAUCUUGUCCUUUGUUAUCAUUUUAGGAUUUAAACCAGGACUGACAGAUGUCAAUCUGCACAUUAGGUCAGUGAUAGUGAAGUUACUAAUCUACCGCCCAUCUACAGCAUAAUGUAGACAUUUUUUUGUGUAUUGGCCCCUCCAAUACCAAUUCCUGUCACAAUAUAGUAAAAAAGGCACUAGUACCGAGAAGCAUCCAAGUAAUGAACAAGUGUUUUUGGCCAUUUUAUCCAGACUGAUCCAUCAUAGACAGAGUUGAUGCCCGUAAAAUGCUAUGAAUGAUGUGGGCAUCUGUCUGUAUCAUGUUCACGACCCAAACCAAGGACUUAAUAGGUUCAGUUCUACAUGUGACAAACUCAGCCUGGACUUUAGUCUCCCCUAAUCCUAGUGAUUUUUGUAUAAAAUGAGAGGCAACGCUGUAUUUGAAAUCUCUGAAGUCUCCAGAAUUAUGUUAUAUUUAUCUUGUACUGCCCAGUCAUCAGUCACUUUUCCAAAUAGAACUUGGGUGGUGGGAAAAAAAUAAGUAAGUAGACACAUUGCUUGUUCUAACUUGGUAUAAGUGGAAUAUAUUUGUUAUCUGUGGCCGACCCAUUCAUUUAGAUCAUUUAUGGGUUGUUUGCCAAAUGGUAUGGGUGUCACUCACGUUUUCUCUUCACAAACCUGUAGAAGCCUAUCUUCUAAGCACAAGGAACUCUGAGCUAUUUGUGACCAGGCAGAGUUAUUUAACAAAAGAUUUGAUUUUUGACCAGAUUAUUGUACAUCAUGGCAUACCAAUGCAAGAAAAAUAGAUUGAUUUUUGACAUGAUUUCUUCAACAUAGAAAGUUGUGCAUUGAAUGGGCCACAAUAUAAAUACCAUCCAACUCUUGACUGGAAUCUGACUCUAAAUAACUUGCAGAACCCUGAAGUUUUCAUUUAUUUUUAAUGGAGCAUUUCAAUUUUAAGUUGUCUUUCACUGAUUUAGAACUGAUACUUCCACACUUGCACAUGCUUUCCAUAUGUUGUCUUUUAGUUUAUAAUCUCUCCAUUGAGGGUCUUAUUCAAAGGUCUUAACUUUGUGGAUCCCCUGUUCACUGAAAUUAUCUUGUGUAAUAGUCAGAGUGGAUUGCAUAAUCUAUUUUUAAAAUAUUGGGCUAUUAAGUGUUUAUCUCCUCCUUCUGUAAUUGUGUAUAUAUGGCGUAAUCUGUAAUAUGCUAUCCUCUGAAACCAUGAAAGGCGAAGUGCAGAAUUCAUGCAUCCCUAUUUGCUAAAUGUGUUGUGAGUAGUUUGAUCGUAAACUGAUUUUGAAAGCUUUGUGUAUAUUUCCAUGCCGUACAUGCAUUCCUGCAGUAUCCCAUGAAAGUAAAAUAAUAUAGCGUUACAGCUUUACCUUUCAUCCAUCUCCACUCCUUAUUCCCAUACGCACCGAUCACAGUCAGUGGAAGGAGUCAGUUGAUUGGUCUUGAACUCUGCUUCUGCCAAUACCACCAGUUGGAAAUACUCAUGGGAAUCUGUACAGUUUGCAACUCUCCCAUCAUCAUGUUGUCCCUGUUUUCCUCUCGCUGUGAAAGUGUUCAGCCUCACUUCCUACCUGUCCCCUCAGUGUUACGACCCAUUGGAAACUGUGUAAACACCCUGAAGGAAAACUGUAAACCCUUCCAUCUGUUUGUGGUGCAGCAACUUGGCAGUGAGCCACUGUGGCCACCUUGUCUUAUGACUUCUGAUAGUUGAUGAAGGUAGUCACAGCAGUUGAAACACUGUUUGCAAAGCAGUCAGAAGUCUGGUCCGUUUUAAAAUGAAGGUCCACUUAAACAAAAUUUGAAAAAGUCAUUUUCUUUUUAAAGCUUUCUGGUGAUUCACUAAGCAAUUUAAUGCUUGUUAACUAAACCGUACAAUUGUCAAUAGGAUCCAAUCGCAGAGGACACAGUGAGAGUUUCACGACCCAAGCUUCAAAGUUAGUCUUUCCAUGAAUAAAAUGUUUGACAAAUAUGCUUCAGAAUUGUAUUUUUCCAAAUUUUUGAGAAUACAAGGAUACCUAACUAUUUCACAGGCCUAAUCACUGACAGAACUAUUAAGCUUACUAUUUUUAAGUUUGGAUGUUUGAACGGAUUUGGUCUCAGCACUGUAAAGUGAGUAUGGUCUUCAACAGCCUCGUCCUCCGACUUGUUCUAAUUUAUUUGUGAAUGGCUCUUGGGUAACAUUUAGCCACACUAAAAUUACAGUACUCUUUCUGAGUUCAAGUACUGCAGUCAAUUUUUUAAAAAGCCAUUUCCUUGUUCAAAAAAAUAAAUGAAGUGGAAGGAGUAUUGAGGGGUCAGUAGGGGGGCAUCGUACACUUUGGUUUCAACCAAAGUGUUUUUAAAAACAAAGUGUGAGACUUUGAAAUAUGAUAUUCAUGUGUUCACAUGAAAUUUCUGUUCACUUUAUUUAAGAAAAGUACUAACCUAAUUAAAAUAAUCAGGCAGCACAUUUUCACACCAUUCCUGCCACUGAGCCUAGCUUGCCUCGCCUCAUUCUAUUAAGCCCUGGUUAUCUUCACGUUGAUCUUCAGUUCUCCUAACUCCUUCACACCACCAUUCAGCUCUCUUGUAGGCCCUGAUCCUCUCUCCCCUCUGAGUACUUGUUUAUGCCUUCCCUUUUUUGGGUUUCUCCCUUUUCAGAUUCCUGGCCUUCUCUACAACUUCCUCCUCAUUUCUUCCUGACUCUCACCUAACCCCUUCCUGGACUCCAGUAUUCCCAGAAUGCAUCAAUUUCAUUAAGGAAACAGGAAAUGCAAAAUUGCACAUACCACCACAUAACUGGAAGUAUUAUAAUUCCUACUCGGAAGUAAAUAUGGAAUGGCUAUUGAUAACGUUGUUGAUCUGCAUCCUUAAUGAUGACACAAUAGCUGGGCCUACAUCACACUAUUGCUCUAGGUUUAGAUUUAGUUAAAUUAAGCUUUUAGAAUUUUGGUUAUUAUUAGCUGUUAGGGUUAGUUGUUAGAGGCUUGUGUUUAAUUACAACACUUGGGGUUGGGGAUUAACUUUAGGGUUUGGGGACAAAAUAUCAGGGUUGCAAUUAAGGCAUAGAUGUUCAGAUUAAAGUUGGAAGUUAGUAGUUAGCAUUAGAGCUGGGGUCAGCACCAGGGUUAGAGAAACAAAUGGAAAUGUGAUGUCAGUAGACAUGCUCAGAAGAAUAGCACUUGGGACUGACCUUAGAUAACAGGACACCUGAAAUAUUAACUUAGUCUGGAUUAAUAUAAGGUGAAAUUUGUAUAAAUCUCCCUUUGAUUUCUAUUGUCAAAAACAGUUCAGCCACAGAAAAUUUCAACAGUUCUUUUGGAGGGGAAAGAAACAGAAGCUUCCUGUAAGUUUUUGAUUUUUUAAAAAAUUGCACAAGGCAUAUUUUGUUGUGUCUUGAAAGGUAGUGGAACAGAGUUCAAUGGAAACGUGUUGGAGAAGGAAACUAAAAAUGCAGGAAAUGGGUUGAUCAGUACCUAAAAACAAAAAUGACAUAUUAAUGUAGGCAGGACCUUGCGUUAGAGCAGAAGUUUCAAUUUUUUUCUUCAGACCUCCAGGAUUUCUUUAUCUCAGUAAAAAUACCAGAAUUGAACAAACAUUCUGGCUGAAAAUAAAUGGGCACCUACAAUGCUGUUGUUAAUUUUCUAUAAUGGUUUUGGAAUAUUGUUAUACCACAGUUUAGAAAACUUGUAAUGUUUUAUAUCUUUUUGCUCUCAAGGACAUUCCAAUGAAUCUGUGUAGGUUUUUUUUCUUUAACGUCUUGUAGUACUUUAUACCUUUUAACCUGUAAGAGCCAAUACUGUAUUUUGUAAGUGCUUAACCUGGAGGUGUGUGCAUUUCCGUCCCUGUCCUACCUAACAGCACCACCACCCCACUAAACAAAUUGUUGGGAAUUGCAUGGAAAUGUUGCAUUAGGUAUUUACCAAUUUGAUGUUGCAAUGAUGAACUUGUUAACACUGAGUUUGUAUUCUGUGUGCGUGAGUGUGUGUGCGUGUUUAUUUAAUUCGAUGAAUGCAAUUCCAUGUUAUGUAUGUGCAACAUUGAUGUAAUUGUCUUGGCAAAUAAACCUUUUGUUU